GUUUAAUCUAAUGUUUCUAGCGGUUCUCGAUAAUUGAUGUCAAAUGCAUGUUUCUCUUUCAGAUAAGGCUUUUGUUGGUUACUUCUCAUUUCUUUUGCUCGUAGCUGGAAGGGCAUUAACAGUCCUUCUUUCACCUCCUAUAGUAGUCUACUCCCCAAGGGUGUUGCCUGUUUAUGUUUACGAUGCUCAUGAGGACUGUGGGGAAAAUGUCAGUGCUGCAUUUCUUGUGCUCUAUGGCAUUGCAUUGGCUAUUGAGGGCUGGGGUGUGGUUGCGAGUUUGCAAAUUUAUCCGCCAUUUGCCGGUGCUGCUGUGUCAGCAAUUACACUCGUUGUGGCCUUUGGCUUUGCUGUCUCUCGUCCAAGUUUAACACUUGAGGUUUGCUUAGAUAUCUUGGAAUAGUUGUACUGAUUGAGCUAUAUAGACUUACUUUUUCUUUUGUGUCUGUUUGGUGUCUUUAUCAUGAACUCUUUAUACUGUAGUCAACAUGGUAACCUUGGAGAUGAGUUUUCAUAAA